GAGAGUCAAAGAGAGAGAGAGGGAGGACAAGCGGGUGGGUGCUGUAAAAUCCGUUAACGGGGGAGCUCUGUGCAUUUGUUAGACAUCUUGGCUGCCUGCCCAACUUGGCUCAUUGUAAUCAAGGCAUGAUUGUGGACAAGAGGCAGCCCUCUCUGCUGCCUCGGCUGCCCAGCUCCUGGACCCAGCCCGGCUCUCACCGCUGACAUGGAAAGACCUACCACCAGUAACAUGAUGCCUAAAAGGGAUAAUGAAAGAGAUCUGGAGCUGGACAAGAAGAUCGAAGCUCUCCGCAGGAAGAACGAGGCACUCAUGAAGAGGUACAAGGAGGUGGAAGAGGACAGGAAAAUGGCAGAAGAGGAAGGGAUGGCACUGCAGAGCCGAAAAGGCAAAGCUGAUGACCUUACCAUCACGAUCAGCAAGUCCACAGACGAGAGUCGCGUGGUGGUAACAAAGCCGUUCGGCAGUGGGUCUCCAACUGGGACCGGACAGCAGGACGGUGGGGCCGACAGGGUGGGAGAAGGCUCCUCUCAGGGGGCUGGGAGAGGCACCAGGAAGCAGCUGACGGUCACAAUGGCUGGCAAAAAGGGUAAAAGGCUGGUGAGUGAGAGGCCAGAGAAGCGCCCGGGCCCCACAGAUGUCAAGAGCCCCUCGGAUGAAGGACAGGCGAGGCGAGUGGAGUCAGCUGGGAGAGGACAGCAGCCAUCUAAGACGACUAAGCGAGAAUCAUCACCAGCAGUAGCAGCAAAGGAGGAGAUUAAACAGGGGCCGAUGAACGCUGAGGAACGCCACAAGGCUACAGAGCAAUGGCAGGAGCCUGAGAACCCACAGGCUAGCACAGACCUCAACAUCCCAACAUCAAGAGAGGAGCAGGAGGAGUAUCUGCGGUGGAAGAAGGAGCGCGAGGUGAUCGACAGGGAGCGGGUGGCUCGCCAUAAAAAUGCCAAGGGCCAGUGGAGACGGGCGUGGGACAUGGACAAAACUGAAAACAUGUUUUCAGACAAAUCUCUUUCUGAUAGAGACUGGGGGACUUCGACAAGAGGAGGACGAAUUGCAAGAAGAGGUCAACAGAAAGGUCAUGACAAGCGAGGCAAAGACAAGGCAGCUAAAAAUGUGCUUGUGAUGAGCAGCAAAGCAAAAGGCAAAGACCGACUAACUGGGAGGGCCAGGAGAUGGCAGGAUAACGAUGGAGAGAAUCCACAGACUACUGACACAACACUGGAGGAAUUCCUUGAAGAACUUGAUGCCCUAACAGAUGCUAACGGAGGGAAUCUGAAAGAUCUAAACUCUAAAGCAAAGCCAGAUCCCUCGAGUGUACCUGAAUCACAAAACAUGUGUGAUUCUGAUAGCCUGAAUGAGGAUACCGUCACUCAGAUGAAAGCAGAAACCUCAUCCCCUCAAGGACUAGAGAAGAAAGUACGUUUCUCAGAGGAACUCAUCCAGAGGGCUCCAGCUAAGCAAACUACAACCGCCUUACAGUCUGCAACUCCAGAAUCCAAAGGCUCUUUGAAAGCCUCCUCAACAAAAUACAAUAAGGUGCAGAGGUCACAGCUGCCUUGUGUAAGUGCAGAGCAGGAUGAUAGUAGUUCCCAGAAUAAAGGAGGGGGUCCUCCUGCUCCUCCUGUUACCCAGCAGCAGGCAUCUAACACUGAACAUUUUAAAAAAGAUACCAGCAUCCCUGCAGUUUCCAGCUCGACUCCUGCUGAAAAAAACAGCAUGUCUCCACACGAGAGCCCUGUCCACCUUGUAGAGGUGUCCAAGUGCAACAGCAGCGGUACAAACACAGAAGAACUGAUAGACUCCACUCUGUCUGUCCUGAGAAGAGAACCAGGAGAGUCACCAGCACACCCCACCAGCAAUGACAAGGCAAGAGAGCACGGGAAGGUUGUUUGACAUUUUCGGAACGUAAAUCCUGAAACCAAAAUGCUGCGUUUGGAUGCUUUUUGCUGUGACGGCCUCCAGGCUUAUAAUACCAACAUUUCAUUUUGCAGCGGCGCGAACCACCUGUUGAAUCUAAUUUCUGACAUCCGACUGGGAAGUGUUAUUGAGCAUUUCAAAUAUUUUUACAUCGAAGCACUUUAUAAGUAUACAGGACUGUUUACUGAGACAUUCUUCAGUUUGUUUGUUAGCUGCUCGAGUGCAAUAUCACUGAAUGUUUACAUUUGUAUGAAGUGUUAAAGGUACAUAUCUGGAGGCUAGCCAAUCAGUUUAAUGUAAACAAAGUCCCAGUCAAAUACUAGUGCCUAAUUUUGCCUCAGAGGUAUUUUGAGUAAAAUGAAGAUCAUUUAUUCACACACAAAGCAGAGUCUUAAGUUCCACAUUAAAUAACUGUCUGAUUGGAUGUUAUUUGUCAGCUCCUUUCAGAAAAAAAAUCAGCAACUCUGUAAACUGCAUCUACAAAGUGACAUGGUUUUACAGUUUUCAGAAAAUUUCUACUGACAAGAUAAUUUGCUUCAGUAAGGAAAAUUAAAAUGGGAUUUGCUUGUUAGCAUAGUUCAAAUGUUGAAAACACAAUGUUUAAUUUUGGUUUCAUUUGAGGUAAUUUGGGAUUUCUAGCCUAGGGCAAUUCACUCACUUUACCAACAUGGCAGCUUAAAGGAAUAACUAAGAUUUUAAAAUGAGGUCCCAGUAAAAGGUUAUAAACAGUUAUUGUUAGUUCAUCUGCAGCAGGUAACUUACCUGUCCUCUUCAUUUAGUAUAAAUCAAGAUUAGUUGGUCCUGGAGACUGAAGGUAACACAUAGUUCGAGAGGUAGCCAGUGGUGGCUUUUAAUAUGCGUUUUAAUGGGCAGAUGCCCAGGGCGGGUUUUGCAAAACUACAACUAAUAUGUUGAAUGCAUUCAUGCAUGUGCUGUCAAAUGACAUUGGCUCCCCUUGUUUGCUGUUGAGAAAAGGAAGACUAAUCCCACCCAGAAUAAAGAAGAUUUUCUGCAUUUUGAUUGGUCCAGGGGCUGCAGAAGGGGAUGUCCACCAGGGCGUCAUUCAUGUGGCAAAUGCCACAGAGAGGGGCAACGACCAAAGCCUGUUUCAAGUGUCCUAAAAUACAUCCAGAAUCACAAAUGUCAUAGUGGUUAAUGUCAGCACAAUUUUAUGAACCUUGAAAAUUUCAACACGAUGGGUAUGGCACGUGGCGUAGCGGUAGAGCGCACGACCCAUUUACGGAGGCUUCAGUCCUCAACGCAGCUGUCCCUGGUUCGAGUCCCGACCUUGGCAACCUGUGCUGCAUGUCUUCUCCUCUCUUUACUCCAUUUCCUGUAUGCCCACUUUCGGGAUAACUAAAAAUAAAGGCCAAUAGUGCCGGGAAAAAAAAAAGAUCUCAACACAUUUGUUGAGCUGUUUUUUUACACAAAAGCUGAGUGAUUAUUUAUAUGUAAAAUGAGGGUAGGAGGUGGUGCAACACCAAUGACCUCCCUCUGUGAAACACAAAGAAUUCCAUCUUUCUUGUAAGAAUAACUGUCUGAUAUAAAAGUAAUGCAGUGUAAAAAUCAAUAAAACAGCAUAGCAAGGUCCCAAAAAAUUUAUAUUGCAAACUAAAGAUGCCAUCAACAUGGGAUGAGAGUUCCUUUUGGCUCGCUGUAGGAGUCCGAUAAAGACAAUUUCAGUGAAAUAAGAAGUUAGCAGUAAAUAGUUUGUCAAAGUUUUGAUUUCAGGUGUUCAUAUGUACUAUAAAUACCCCCAAGGCAAACAUACGAGAGUUUGAAGGUUCAGAAAAUUGUGUUUGCAUAAACUGCUUAGAUGCUUUUGAGACUGGAGUUGUUUGAAGAUGUUUGGCAUUUUCUCUGGACUAGAUGUUAGCUUCAGCCUCCAAGUCCAACCUGGAUUUAUGCUAAAUCAAAAUCCUAUGAGAAAUAUCAACCACCAGUAAGAUGUUUACUGCUUAUAACCUUUUAGGAGAACCACACUUCAAUGGUUGAUUGCAAUCGUAUUGUUUCUAACUUUACACCAAAUAAUUUAAUAUAUUAUUAUUUCCCCAUAUCGACUGGAGGAUUUGCAAUUCUGACACUGUUUUAUGCGCUUCAUUAGAGCUGUAGCUGUAUGUUGAAACAAUGUAAAGUAAUAUGUGUGUUAAACAAUUUUACAACUCAAUCCUAUAUUCAGGUUUUUAUUCAACAAAGCAUAUGCGUGACACAAAUGAAACUUAUUUCGGAGUCCUGAUACGAUCAAAACGAAUGACCUUUGACCUUUUUUCUUGACUGAGGCUUUGUGGCAAAAAUUGUCUUCAGUCAAAACUGUUGGAGUCUGCAGGGACUCCCUCUCAAUAUUGUUUUCCAAUUUGUUCUGUAUUAUAACUUUAUUGUAAAGCUCAUAUUUUAAAAAAACCUAUCUUAAUGAAGAAACAACCCAGUUCUUGUGCCUUGCUUAUUGACCUCUUCCGAGAUCAAAGGUAUAUUUGAAAUCUAUGGUUUGUAUUAUAACUCUCACAUGCAGCAGCAUUUAUUUUAUUUAUUUGCCUUUUGUGCAGACAUCAGAAUGUUCCGUGUAAAUCAAAAAAGCGCUGUGACCCUGUGUUUUUUGUUUUUAUUUUUUGCCAGUCAGCUGUGUUAUUUUUGGUAUGACAUGAUAAGAAGCCUUACAAGAACACUGUCUUCAGAAAUGUUUGUGGCUUUUGUCAGAGCUACAGCAGAGUAACCAGUUAUAUAAACCCUGAAUGGAGAACGCAGUGGACAUGCUUAGUGCAGCUGGGAGACCGUCAGCUUUGGAUAAGGUUACAUAAAAAACAAAUCGUCAGGAAUCUGUUGGAAUAACAAGAUGCGAUAGUCGCAAUGUCUGGAGCCAGUCCAUCCAUGUGGACACAACAUAAGAAGGGGCCUUAAUUUCUGUACUGACCAGAUGGUACAUCUCCUGUAAAGGAGCAUUUGUUUGAAAAACAGGUGACCUUUGAUGCCUUUAAAACUCCCUGUGGGAUUCAGUGUAAAAAGACAGAAGCAAUCAUAGAGUAGUUGGGAGUUACAUGUCCUUGUUAGAUACUUUCAGGUGAUUAUCUCAUGAAGUGACUAAAGUAGGAGGUUAUUAUUCACAUUGCGUGUGCAUCUUUGCCCUCUAACUUUUCACAUGCACAAUAAAUGACUGUAUGUGUCUAUUUGUGAGCAUGUGAGUUUUGACUGCAGCUUUUUGCAGUGUAAGUCCAUGUGCAGCAAAAACAUCUACAGUUGGGCAAACCUGAGAAGUCAUAACAUCAAUAAAGUUUUUUCUGUAUGUCAAAACCUC